GAUUCAUCGAAGAUCGUAAAGACUAACAAGUGGAAUCAAUCCAGAGUUAAAACUUCUAUUGACGAUGCUAUACGAACGGUGGUUAUAGACCGUAUGGGAUUACAAGAAAAUUACAAGUUUUUGGAUAUACGUUUAUAUAUUUGCUUAAUGGCA